AUGGGACAAGAUUGGAAUGUUAUGUUACAAGAUAUUAUCUCUGAUAGUAAUCCUGGCUCUUUGGAAUCUACUCCAAGACAUACUAAAAAUGCCACAUUAUUUAAAAGGGAUGGUGGAGCUGUUGAUGUAGAAUGGAUUUCAAUUAAUUAUGAUGAUUCAAAUUCUGAUCUUUCUAGAGAGGUAGCGGAGGAUAGACAAAUAGAAGAAGAAGAAUAUGAUUCUACUGUCUACGACUGGUUCGAUAAUAACCAUGGUUGGAAAUAUUGUAUUGCUGCCGAAAAAAAUGAUCAUACUGGGGUUGCUGAUGUUUAUGAUGACAUUGGUAAAGAAAAUGCAUUUCAUGGAGAGUUAUAUUUCAAUACGUACGGUGGUGUUUAUAGCUACUGA